CACCUACCGAUGCAAGCUGGACUUUCACAACACCAUUUUAGGAUACCCAGACAAUCACCAUGUCUUCCAUGAUUACAGCCGCGCAGUGGGUCCCUAGGGGCUUCGCUGCGCCUUUCCCUCAGAAGUAUACCCUAGACGAGGCAGAGUUUGAGCGGAUAGCGGAGCUUGCCAAGCUCCAACUGGACGACGCCCAAGGGGAUCUUGAGGAAGCUGAAGCUGCGCAGAAGGGCGCAAAGGCUAACGAGACCGAGGACAAUGAAGAGGACUCAGAGAUGAAGAUUGAUGAAGACAAGCCAACCGAGAAGACAGAGAUCAACCUUAAUGAUGAUGACCUAAAAGAAUAUGAUUUGGAAAACUACGACAACGACGACGGUGAGGAUGAGCCUGGAAACGGCGAGGGCAUGGGCAUGUUUGGUAACAUCAAGUCGCUGGCCUACUACGAGUCGAAUAAGGACGACCCCUACAUCACAAUUGAUGCCGACAAGGAACAGGAGGAUGAGGACCGGGAAGAGCUCCAGAUUCUUGCGACGGACAACCUUAUCGUGGCUGCCAAGGUGGAAGACGAGAUGGCGCACCUCGAGGUUUUCGUUUACGAGGAUGAGGCUGAUAACCUUUACGUCCACCACGACAUCAUGCUCCCGGCCAUCCCUCUGUGUGUCGAGUGGAUCGACAUGCCCGUCAACAAGCCCGGUGCAGAGAAGGACUCGACGGGUAACUUCGUCGCCGUUGGCACAAUGGACCCCGAUAUUGAGGUGUGGGAUCUGGACACCAUCGACUGCAUGUACCCCAAUGCGAUCCUCGGCCAGGGAGGCAACGAGGAGGAGAAGAAGUCAAAGAAGAAGAAGAAGAAGUCCAAGAAGUCCAACGAUGAGUACCACGUUGACGCUGUCCUGUCGUUGGCUGCGAACCGCAAGCAUCGCAACCUGAUGGCUUCAGCCUCUGCCGACAAGACGGUCAAGCUGUGGGAUCUCAACACGGCAAAGUGCGCCAAGUCGUAUACUUAUCACACCGACAAAGUGUGCUCACUUGCGUGGCACGCGAACGAGCCUACCGUUCUGCUUAGCGGUUCUUACGACCGAACUGUGGUGGCUGCCGAUAUGCGUGCGCCAGAUGCGAAGCCUCCCCGAUGGGGCGUCGAGAGCGACGUCGAGAAUGUGCGGUGGGAUCCUCACGACCCGAACUUCUUCUUCGUGUCGACGGAGAACGGUGUCAUCCACUACCACGACGUCCGCAAUGCGCCGUCCGACCCUACGGGCACCAAGGCUGUCUGGACGCUCCAGGCUCACGAUGAGUCUGUGUCUUCGUUCGACAUCAACCCCGUGGUCCCCGGUUACAUGGUGACCGGCUCGACCGACAAGACGGUCAAGCUGUGGAACAUCCAGCCCACAGGGCCCUCGGUGGUGGUUUCGCGCAACCUCGACGUCGGAAAGGUCUUCUCCACCACGUUCGCGCCCGACCCGGAGGUUGCCUUCCGCCUCGCCGUCGCCGGCAGCAAGGGAACAAUGCACGUGUGGGACACCAGCACCAACGCGUCGGUGCGCAAGGCCUUUGCUCAGCGGGUGCCCGAGCAGCGCGGGAAGGGUGAAGAUCGCCUCGUGGGCGUUAACAACGAUGACAGCUCCGACGAUGACGAUGAGGAAGAUGACAAGCAGGACGAUGAUGAUUCGAUGGAUGAGGACUAGACGAAUCUCUGAUUUAUUGAAAACGUUUCGAAUCAAGAUUUUGGACAGAUCUACGGCCUAGGUUGAGGCUGGAUGAGAUCAUUGUCUCAGUGGACAAUGGCGCGGCGACCCCUAGAGAGCAUUGGCAAUGGUCGAUUGUAGCGAAGAUCAUGUCUUGCCCGCUCUGGAGGUCGACUCCUGAGAAAAAGAGUACUCUGCAUGAAUGAAGCACACUGGCGCACAGGAACUGUUUCACAGCGGGAUGGAUAUUGGGGGGUUUACAAAUUGACUAGAUAGACGAGGUUUCUGAACAGGAAUGGAAAAGUUGGAUCUGAUCUUCAAACAAUCUUGGGUUCUUUUUUUAGUGAGCGGCGGAACGAGAUGAGCAUAGAAACAAUAUGUGAGCAUGACAAGAUAGCUGGUGGAAAGGGAAAAUCAAGGGUCCUCUUAGAUGGUCUGAGAUGGCUCACGAACCAAGCCGUCAUCUUUAGGUUGUCUGAGAACAGACGUUCACACGUCACAGGCGCCGAAAAUAGGGCGGUGGCACUGAGUCGCGCGAAUGCAUUGUCAAGGACCAAUCUCAGACAGUCCAAGACAAGACGAACGUGAGGGUGGACAUUGCGAAAUGAGACCUCUGUGCGCUGGGCCCAUAGCUAGGAGUCGGUUGAAGAGCAGAUCACGUCACUGCAGAACAUCCACGAGAAUAUACUAGUUAAACGGUGGGUAUUACAUGAAAGAGAGGUUUCUGAGGACAGACAUUAAAUACUUACUCAACAUCAUGUAUUUACGGGAAUUCUCAUGAUGCAGCAAUUUACGUAUUCAAGGU